UUUCAGCAUGACAAUGAUCCCAAACACACAGCCAGGGCAACAAAGGAGUGGCUUCGUAAGAAGCAUUUCAAGGUCCUGGAGUGGCCUAGCCAGUCUCCAGAUCUCAACUCCAUAGAAAAUCUGUGGAGGGAGUUGAAAGUCCGUGUUGCCCAACGACAGUCCCAAAACAUCACUGAUCUAGAGGAGAUCUGCAUGGAGGAAUGGGCCAAAACACCAGCAACAGUGUGUGAAAAGCUUGUGAAGAGUUACAGAAAACGUUUGGCCUCCAUUAUUGCCAACAAAGGGUACAUAACAAAGUAUUGAGAUGAACUUUUGGUAUGGACCAAAUACUUAUUUUCCACCAUGAAUUGCAAAUAAAUUCUUUAAAAAUCAAACAAUGUGAUUUUCUGGGUUUUUUCCACAUUCUGUCCAUGUUGACAAUUACAGGCCUCUCUAAUAUUUUCAAGUGGGAGAACUUGCACAAUUGGUGGUUGACUGAAUACUUAUUUGCCCCACUGUACAUGCACAGCACAUGGAUUUAUUGGUGCCUGUGUUGUCUGUAUAUUACAAGUUCGCCAGUAGAGGGUGGCGUUCAAUAGUAGCACAUAGGUGCUUGUUGUUAUUCUUGUCACCGUUUUCCAUCUGCUUUUCUUGUCUCAUGGCCAUAAUCAAAUCCUUCCUUCAUCCUCUUUGCGACCUGGACCUACCUCCGCCUCCAUCCAGACCACGUGAGCCGUCUAUUUGCGCAGACGUCAUUUAAAAAUGAUGGAUGUGCUUCCACCAAGGCUGAGCAAACACGCUUCAGGCUCAAGCACCGGUGCCGUUUCCGACAUUCGCAUCUGGUCCGAACACGUGACGGUCAUAUGACGAGAUGAAUAAUACAAGGGGGACUCAUUAUUAAUAAAUGGGCCACACCCAAACGUAUGGAUGAGGAACCAUGUCAACCUCUUAAAUAAUGGAAGUGCGAUCUGGUCCAAAAUAGCUCAGCACACUCGAAUACAUGUGUGAAGCAGCCUAAUUAUGACUCGGCUUAUCAGAAGGCAGGCGGCCAUGUCUUUCAUUUCCUGCCUCGGGAGACCCUCGCUCCAUUGCUAAUGGCUAAUAAAGGCUAAUUGGCUUGUAAUUGAAUCACGGAUUAGAAGGGAAACAAACACGGGGAUGUUCGCUUUUGUUUUAACUUAAGUAGUUGUGUAGUAGUAUGUUUUUAUCUCAUUGGCUGCCAUUGACGCUGAUAGAUGCCCAAUCCGUUUUGACUGGGAGGGCUGACGGAACAUAGUACUUAAAUUCUACCACUGAGCUAAAGAAGAGGCACCUUUCAAGUGACAAGCUCCAUCUAGUGUUAAAGCUGAGAAGUGCAAGAGGAUGUAGGUUGAAGUUAAACUUCUUGUCCAGGCCAUAUUUAAUGUUAUUUUUCAGGUUUGCAUAGGGAUGGUAGGGACAUAACACUAGCAACUUUUCAGGAUGCUCAAAUUGUCCCCACCAACUUUUAAGCAUCCUUAUUUUCAUCUUAUAAAGAGUUCAGAUAUAGUUAUUAAGUAGAGAUGUCCCGAUCUAUCGGCGUCCCGACCGAUCGAUCGGGUCCGAUCACAUCAUUUUCAAAGUAUCGGAAUCGGCAAAUAUAUAUAUAUAUAUAUAUAUAAAUAUAGGAAAGUCAAUUUCAUGCAAUGUCACUUUUCGGCCACCAGGAGGGGCCUGACCCCCCCUGGGCCCCCCUUAAAAUCUGCUUAUGCAAAUUAGUCCAAUAUUUUGUACAUAUUCUGGUGCUACAAAAUAGCAAAACCCAAAAGGAGCACAAAAAGGAUUGGACAUCUAUCUCCGUCACUGGCACUGACAAAUGAUCCAAUCGCGUACAAUCGUGCUAUUUUUAGUGGCACUUCCGGUGUCCACUGAGGCGCUCUUAUUUUGACAUCUUCGGACAGCGCACGCGCACACGUGCACGCAAUUAGACAACUAAACAAACAGCACCACAGUGCGCAGCUGGUUCGAGUUCAGGCUCCGGAGCUCCGUCUUGAGAGGGGGAAGGUCGGCUCGAACAACCCGGGAAACGGAGCUCAUCUGCGGCGUCGCGAGCGGGGAUGCCCGCUGCAGCAUCAGAGCGAUUUCUGGGUUAGAGUACCCCAGACCUGAUUUUGGGAUGCUGAGGAGCGGGGCGUGCACCGAUGCGCCCGGGCCCGUCCGUCCCUGAUGCUCGGCGGCGCCGCGUCGGGGCUUUCCGCCGGCUGGGAGAGGCUGGAACCUCCUCGGCCGCGCGCAGCCAUGCUGCGCCAAGCGCUGCACGCCGGCCUGAGCGGUGGCUUCCGAGCGCUCGGCCGCUUCGUGGCCGGCCAGCCGGUGCUGUUCGCCUCGGCGCCGCUGCUGCUGGCGGUUCUGCUGGGCGCCAGCUUCAGCCGCUACCGCGUGGAGGACGACGUGCAGAGCCUGCUGGCGCCCAAGCACAGCCUGGCCAAGAUCGAGGGCAACCUGGUGGACAGCCUCUUCCCCAUCAACCACUCCAAGCACGCACUCUACUCGGACCUGCAGACGCCCGGACGCUACGGGCGCGUCAUCGUCACCGCGCGCCGGGGGAACCUCCUCGAGUCGCCGCAUCUCGACGCCAUCCUCAAGCUGCAUCGGCUGAUCUACCAGAUGCAAGUGACGGCGCCCCCUAGCGGCCCAAGCAGCUUCAACUACUCCUUCUCGCACCUGUGCCUGCCGGAUGACAAAAAUGCCUGCAUCGUGGACGACGUCAUCCGCGUCCUGGAGGAGAUCCGCUCGGCGCGCGCCGCCAACCGUUCAUCGCCGAUUCUCCAUUACCCCAUCACGCAACUGGCCGACGGUCGCCGCGCCUACAUCGGACACCAGCUGGGCGGAGUCCAAAACUGGCCCGGUGACGGCGAAGGGGUGCGCUCGGCCCGCGCGCUCCAGCUUACCUACUAUCUCCGGGUACGCGGCGGGUUGACGGAGGGCGUGGCCGGCCAAUGGGAGAAGGCCUUCUGCGCUGAGCUGCGGCAAUUCGCCGCGCUCCACCCGCAGCUCGGGCUCUACCCGGCCACGUCGUCAUCUCUCCGGACCGACUUCCAGUUCUCUUCGGUGCUGGCACGGCGCCCCCUGCUGGCUAGCUUGGGACUGUGCGGGGCGCUAGCCGUGCUGUGCUGUUCCAUGCGGGACUGCGUGCGCUCCAAGCCGUGGUUGGGCGUGCUGGCUUUGCUGUCAGUCACGCUGGCGGGAUUGACGGCCGCCGGGAUUCUUAAUCUGAGCGGCUCCACCUAUAACUCCACCUACUUGGGAAUACCUUUCGUCAUGCUGGGUCACGGCUUGUUUGGCUCCUUCGAGAUGCUAUCGUCGUGGCGUCGUACCCGCGAGGACCAGCACGUCAAGGAGCGUGUGGCCAGCGUCUUUGAAGACGUCAUGCUGCGUUUUUCGGGCUCCACGGCGCUCCACCUUACCACACUGGGCCUGGCCGCCUCGCCGCUCACCAACAUGGAGGCGGUGCGCCUUUUCUGCCGCGCCGCCGCGCUGGCAGUGAGCGUCAGCUACGCCUACAUGCUGUCCUUCUACAGCUCCUGCCUGGUCUUCACUGGCUACCUGGAGACAGGCUACAGGCACGGCUGCUUCUGCCGACGGGUGCCAAAACAGGACCGGUUGGAUUCCAAGCCGGCCUGGUACCGCUGCCUGAUGUACACGCGCUACCAGGAUGAGGCGCAGACCGCCACAGGGACGCCGCACGGGCCUCACCUGCCGCACACGCGCACUUAUGUCCACCCUCACGCCUCGGACACCCGUCCCCAGGAUUCGCAUCUACUGCUGGGCUGCGUGAGGCGUUGUUACGCAGACUGGAUCACCAAUACCUACGUCAAGCCCUUUGUGGUGCUGCUCUACCUGGUCUACAUCUCCUUUGGACUCAUGGGGUUCCUGCAGGUGGUCCAAGGUUCGGACCCCAGCACCCUAGUGGCGAUGGACACAGCGACAGUGUUGUACACCCGCGCCCAGCAGCGCUACUUCAGCUCCUACUCCCCUGUCAUCGGUUUCUACAUCUAUGAGAGCGCCCCCUACUGGAACGCCACGGUGCAAGGUGACCUGCUGGAGUACGCCAAAGGCUUCCAGCGCAUCAGCUGGCUGGAGUCCUACCUGGCCUACCUUUCAGAGCGCAACCAGUCCACCAGCUCUCCCCGGGAGAACUUCACUCGCACUCUCCGCCUCGACUUCCUGCGCGAGCCUCGCUUUGCGCACUUCGCCGAUGACAUCAUCUUCGCCGAACGGGGCCCUGGGGAGGAACCCGACGUGGCGGCGUCGCGGAUUUUCCUGGUGGCUAAGACCACGGAGAACAAGCGCGAGGAGAUGUCGGUGCUGCUGGACACGUUGCGUCGUUUGUCGCUCACGUCCCGCGUGCGCUUCCUCAUCUUCAACCCAUCCUUCGUGUACCUGGACCGCUACGCUGCCGCCGUUAGCUCGCCGCUGCGGCACUCCCUGUUAGCAGUCCUCUUCCUGUUAGGACUCUCUUCCUUAGCCGUGGUGGAGCCCUUAGUGUCCGUGUGGUUGGGUCUCACCCUUCUUUCGGUUCAGUUCGGAGUUCUGGGCUUCAUGACACUGUGGGGGGUGGAGCUAGACUGCAUAUCGGUUCUAUGCCUGAUUCUGGCGUUGGGUCAUGCCGCCGACUGCAGCGCGCCGCUGCUGUGCGGGUUCGCCGCCGGCCGGGGCGAGGGCAGGACCCGAUGGGUUCGGCUAGCUCUGGAGCGCCACGGCGUACCCUCGCUUCAGGCCUUCUUGUGCUACGGCGCCGCCCUGGUGCCGGUGGGCUCAGUGCGCUCCAACCUAACCCGCACGCUUUUCCGCUGCCUGGCGCUAACGGCCGGCUGCUCCGCCUUGCACGCGCUGGCUUUCCUGCCCGCCCUGCUCACCUUCCUGCCGCCGUCCAAGAGCCGAAGCCGGCGGGGCGAGGCGGGGGACGUGCCCCGACAGGAGGUGGAGUGCGUUGAGAUGGACGGUACUCGAGUGGUCGACCAGAUCACUACCGUCUGAGAUGAUUUUAAGCUUUUAAACCAUGUAUUUGAGACCUAGCUAAACUCUAGAGCUGUCAAUGGCAGCCAAUGAUGCCAAGAUGCAACCUCCCGCCACUGAGUUUCUCACUAGUAGACGUUCAAUCCAUUUGAAAUGGGAGGGUGGCAGCGAAUGAACAUUCGUUCAUUCGCUGCCAUCCCUCCCACUUCAAAUGAAUUGGACGUGUAUUUCCAUCAAGACUUAAAAUCCAGCCUUUCAAUAAGCAUUGUGGUCCUGAGUAUGUAUUCUCAUUACAACCCUGGAUAAACUCAUAAAUGAGGUCAUGUCUACACCUAGCAGAAUCCUGCCCUAACACUUCGGAAAAAACUUAUUAUCGUAAUUUUCGGACUAUGAGCCACUACUUUUUUUCCCCUCAUUUUGAAUCCUGCGGCUUAUAGUCAAGUGGGGCUUAUUUCUUGGUUUAUUUGGGGGAAUAGGUAAGACUUUCUUUGACAGUGGUGUUAUAAGACUGCUAUAAGACAGUCAUAAUUAUGACACGACACUAUCAUGGGCAUUAAUGACAAUAUGAAUUAUGUCACUAACUCCAUUUAUGUCCAGCUUGGAUCUUUACAUCCAUUCAAAAGUGAGAUCAUUUGCCGAUGGACACAAAAUGACAUCUGCCAUAUGCAUUCAUUAAUGCUUAUAGCGGGUGUCUUGUCAUAAUUAUGACAUAACUAAUUAUAAUGAUGGCGUCACUGUCAAAGUGUUACCAAAUACCAUAAGUAGCAAUUCAUGAAACAACUAAAACAGUAACUGAAGAAAUAAUUUGCACAAAACAUGAAUUUUGAUUGUUAUCUACAUCUUUAGCGCAGCACUGCAUGCUAGGAGGCAUGUUGGACGACAACAGUUUUGACAUCAGGUGGCACCAGAGGUUGACUGUCUCCCUCAGGGGGCAGUGAUUGCCAAAUGAAGCUUCUUGAAGCAAUGAAGCUUUGCAGAAAUUUGGUUCAAAGCUUCAUGGUGCUUCAUUUGGUCUUAUGACGGUCUUAUGAUUUUCCUGUCAAAUAAAGUGUUACCGGUUAAUAUCUUUUGGUGUAAAUAUCCCAUAAUACAGUUAGGACAAGUGCAGUUUAUUGUCAAGUGCGGCUUAUCUAUGAACAAAUGCCGUUUUCUUGUCAAAUUUGGUGGGUGGCGGCUUAUAGUCAGGUGCGCCUUAUAGUCCGAAAAUUACAGUACGUCCACACCAGCACGUUUGUAGAAAACAAAAGCUUCCACAUCCCACCACAUUAAUUCAUUUUUAAAAAUGUUCAUAAAAAUAAUUGUCUAUAAUACCCCCAUCCUUUGCACUGCAAGAGUUUGUAAAUAAAUGUAGGACUGCAGCUAGCGAUUAUUUAAGUGGUCGAUUAAUCGAUGAACUGGUUAGUUCAAAUAAUCGAGUCAUCGGAUAAGGAACAUAAAAAAAUAAAAUACCUGAGCUGAGCCUCAAACGGUAUAAAAAGAUAAAUAAAUGAGGAUUUAAGUACAACAAAAGAACAAUUGGCUGACAUAGCAAAAGUCUGCUAGCGUAAAUGCUAUAAAACGUAAAAAGUUUUUUUUUUUUUUUUUUUUAACAAUGUACGUAACAAUUGGUUCAAACACAUAUUCUCACAAAAACUGCUAAAUAUGGCUAUAAAAAACAUUAAUUCAAACAAAAACUUAGCUUAUGUUAGUCUUAACAGGGAGCAGCUGGAUUCAGCCAUGUCAAAUGAGUUAUGUUCACUGUUGCCACUAGAGGACAGUGUAUCCACCCAAAUCAAUUAAACUAAAUGCAAACACUUUCAAAACAAUCACAAUGCCACUUUAACUAAAUGAAUACUUGAAGAAGCAAAAUUUAAUUUGAAUCUUUUUUUCUAAUUGAAUUACUCGAGUUAAGCUAUUAAUAAAUGGAAGCAAAAAAGACCCUGCCUGAUUUACUCCAAAAGUAAACAUUGGUUUUGUCACAGUGACAUUUCCACAGUUAAAUCUUCGGUUAUCGGUGUCCACAUGAUGGCGCCACAAACGCAGAAUUUGCAUAUCUUCACUUUGGGUGCAGUUUUCAAGAACUCUCGUGUGUGUGUGUGUGUGUGUGUGGAUGAUAGGUCAAAUCGUAGAAAAAGUUUUUAUUUUUGUCAAAUACCCUGCUACGUGUAGACAUGGCCUUAGUUUCCAGGCAACUCUAAUGGAUUAUUGAUUAUUAUUGACUAUUAAUCUAAAGGCGUUGCAACAUUAUAAGAGAUUGUUAUGAACGGUGGGAAAUGGAGAUCAAGGAUGUGAAAUAAACGCUUAAACAGCUUUCCUUAUGGGACCACCAGUUGCCACGGAGACCGCCGUGUAGGAAGUAAGUACGCGGAGGUGAAAAAUAGAGGCAAAGAGGGAAUGUUUCCAUAGCAACCGGCUCUUUGCUCCGUAGCCCAAAACGACCAAAGAGAAGACUUUGUGCUUUUGGGUGCGGUCGAACGUAUCUCGUAGUGUCACGAAUGAGUGGAGAAAAGUAAUGGGACAUGUUGCCAAAUCAAUAUUAUAAACGCUUACAAUCUUAAUUAAUCUUUUUACCCCCUCAUAAAUUGUGGAAAUUACUCCAAAUGUUCUUAAAUUUUCACUUUCUGUCAGCGGCUCAAUACGUUUGCUCAGUUCAUGCGGUCUGUAUUUCCACUCCAGU